AUGAGUAUAAACUCUAGUUGUAGCGGUAGCGGUGGUGGUUGUAGUGGUGGUGGAAGUGGUGGAAGUGGUAGUGUUUGUGGUCCUUGUGGCGCGUGCAAGUUUUUGAGGAGGAAGUGUGUCCCGGGGUGUAUCUUUGCGCCUUACUUUGAUUCGGAGCAAGGCGCUUCACAUUUCGCGGCAGUUCACAAGGUUUUUGGUGCUAGUAAUGUUUCCAAGGUUUUACAGAAUGUUCCGGUGCACAAGCGUCUUGAUGCUGUCAGCACAGUUUGUUAUGAAGCUCAAGCAAGGUUGAGAGAUCCUGUUUAUGGUUGUGUUGCUCAUAUCUUUACUCUUCAGCAACAGGUGAUGAGUUUACAAGCAGAACUCGCCUACUUACAAGCCCACCUAGCCACAUAUCAAGUCCCUCAACCACCACCACAAGCACUUCCAAUGGUCUCUUCUUCAUCCAUUCCACCCACAUAUGACUUAUCUUCACUCUUUGAUCCUAUGGCACAAACUUCUUCAUGGGCCAUGCAUCAAAGGACUAAUGAGCCUCGUCAAUAUUUGGGUAGCGGCACAUCAACUACAAGUAGCAAUAAUGAUGGUGGUCUUCAAGUAUUGGCAAGAGAGCUUUUGCAUAGAUAUGGAUCUGCUCCUUCUUCUCAUUCUCUUUCCAAAUGA